CAAUCGAUCUCAUUAUCUAUCUCCCGUAUUGUCGUGAGACAAUGCUUGCUCCAGGCAUAUAGUUCUAGUAUAUUCUGUGCUGCUGUAUUUGAAAACAUGACAUAAUGAUUAUUUGCUCCAUGCAUCUAGUUAGAAUAGAUUCUGUAGUGUUGUAUUUGAAAACAUGACAUAAUGAUUCGUUGUCUCUUUAUCUAUCAGAAAGUAAAAAAACAGUUUGUCUACCUCGCCUGUUGACACAACAGAGGUUGAGUGGUGCCAGUGGCCUCUCGUCCUCGUCUCGUGAAUGUCUCUCACCAUGGCCAAGCGUGAGACUGGGAGCACCAGUCCUGUGGUGCGGCAGAUCGACAAGCAGUUCCUGGUGUGCAGCAUCUGCCUCGACCACUACCACAACCCAAAAGUACUGCCCUGCCUGCACACCUUCUGCGAGAGAUGCCUACAGAACUACAUUCCCCCUCAGUCCCUGACGCUGUCGUGCCCCGUGUGCCGUCAGACGUCCAUCCUGCCCGAGAAGGGCGUGGCGGCGCUGCAGAACAACUUCUUCAUCACCAACCUGAUGGAGGUGCUCCAGCGUGACCCUGAGUGUGCCCAGCCCGAGGCCUGCAGCGUGCUGGAGUCAGUCAGCGCCGCCUCCGCAUGCCAGCCUCUCUCCUGCCCCAACCAUGAGGGCAAGGUGAUGGAGUUUUACUGCGAGUCAUGCGAGACCGCAAUGUGCCUGGAGUGCACAGAGGGGGAGCACAGAGAACACGUGACAGUUCCGCUGCGUGAUGUUCUGGAACAGCACAAAUCAGCCCUGAAGAACCAGCUAGAUGCCAUUCGCAACAGGUUGCCCCAGCUGACGGGGGCCAUCGACACGGUGAAUGACAUCUCCAAGCAGCUGACGGAGCGCAAGAACGAGGCGGUGAGCGAGAUCAACAACACAUUCGAGGAGCUGGAGCGAGCGCUGCACCAGCGCAAGAGCGCCCUCAUCACCGACCUGGAGAGCAUCUGCAGCACCAAACAGAAGGUGUUGCAGGCCCAGCUGGCAGCCCUCGUGCAGGGGAAGGAGAACAUCCUGAGCAGCUGCAGCUUCACGGAGCAGGCCCUGUCGCACGGCAGCGCCACCGAGGUGCUGCUGGUGCAGAAGCAGAUGGGCGAGCGCGUGUCGGCGCUGGCCCAGCACGACUUUCCCGAGCGGCCGCACGAGAACGGCCACCUGGACUGCCAGGUGGAGACGGAGGGCCUGCGGCGCUCCAUCCAGAACCUGGGCGUGCUGCUCACCACCGCCGCCGUGGGCCACACCAGCGUGGCCACGGGCGAGGGCCUGCGCCACGCGCUGGUCGGCCAGCUGGCCGCCGUCACCGUCACCACCAAGGACAAGGGCGGCGAGCUGGUGCGCACGGGCAACGCCGAGCUGCGCGCGCGCAUCCUCUGCGCCGACGGCGCGACGCACGUCGAGGCCGACGUGGCGGACAACAAGAACGGCACGUACGAGGUGAGCUACUCCGUGCGCGGCGACGGAGAGUUCUCCUUCCAGCUGCUGCUCUACGGCCAGCCGGUGCGCGGGAGCCCGUUCCGUCUACGCGCCGUCAAGGCCUCGGAUGUGCCCCAGUCGCCCGACGACGUGAAGAGGAGGGUGAAGUCGCCCAGCGGGGGAGUGGGCGGCCACGUCAGGCAGAAGGCCGUCAGGAGGCCCUCCAGCAUGUACAGCACCACCAAGAAGAAGGAGAACCCCAUCGAGGAUGAGCUCAUCUACAGAGUGGGCACGCGUGGUCGUGAAAGGGGGGAGUUCACCAACCUGCAAGGGAUUUCUGCCUCCAGCAAUGGCCGAAUUGUGGUGGCUGACAGCAACAACCAGUGCAUACAGGUCUUCUCAAAUGAUGGGCAGUUUAAACUGAGGUUCGGGGUCAGAGGUCGUUCCCCAGGCCAACUGCAGCGCCCCACUGGGGUGACUGUAGAUACGAAUGGUGACAUCAUCGUGGCUGACUAUGACAACCGAUGGGUCAGCAUCUUCUCUUCAGAUGGGAAGUUCAAGAAUAAAAUCGGAGCAGGGAGACUGAUGGGACCAAAGGGAGUAGCGGUGGACAAAAAUGGCCACAUCAUCGCCGUGGACAACAAGGCCUGCUGCGUCUUCAUCUUCCAGUCCAAUGGCAAACUCGUGACCAAAUUCGGGGCGAGAGGAACAUCAGACAGGCAGUUUACAGAGAAGAGCGGUGCAAACAAUGCAGUGGAGCAAAAGCUUAGUAAAUCAAGCCCAGUGUUCAGCCCACACUUUGUUGCCGUGAACAACAAGAAUGAAAUCAUUGUGACAGAUUUCCACAACCAUUCCGUGAAGGUGUACAGUGCUGAUGGGGAGUUCCUGUUUAAGUUCGGCUCUCACGGUGAGGGCAACGGGCAGUUCAACGCCCCCACUGGGGUGGCUGUGGACUCCAAUGGCAACAUCAUCGUGGCCGACUGGGGAAACAGCCGGAUACAGGUGUUUGACUGCGCAGGUUCCUUCCUGUCCUACAUAAACACCACGGCGGACCCCUUGUAUGGACCCCAGGGGCUGGCGUUGACGUCGGACGGCCAUGUGGCAGUGGCUGAUUCCGGGAACCACUGCUUCAAAGUCUACCGCUACCUGCAGUAGCACAACCCGUGUGUGCCAGGUCAGCGGCAACACAUGACCACAUCCAGCACUGAACAAGGACACAAUUAAAUGUACUCAAACAGGGUGCCAUGACCUUCCUGUUAUUUGCCGUUUUAAUUUGCACAUAUUCUCGCUUCCUUUUAUGUAGUUUUCUCAGAUGGACAUAGGAACCAUUGACAGUUUCAGUAUCAAGCCUGAUAUAAGAGAACUGAAGGUAUAGGAAACUAUUGAGAGGUAGUUCCUGUUUAUUCCUAGAACUGGUCGGAAGAACACGCAAGUCAUAUCACAUUGUUAAACGAUUGAAGUACAGAUUUUGUGCUAGCAUGAGCAAAAUAUUUAUAGCAGACGAUCGAUUUGCUGUUUGCUUCUAUGUAGUAACCCAGGUUAUUCCACUGGCUUCUCUGUACAUAAGAAUUGGCGGAUAGUCUAACUUACUGAAGGAUGACUUCUAUAUGGGUCAGACCGUGCACGCAUAGUUGUAAAACACAUAUCAUUUCAAAAUGAUCUUUCAGAUUUUCCAAAAUUCAUUGGGGUUUGGGAGUCAGAUGGUAGUCCAACAGGAAUCAAGUCAUGCAAUUUCUGUCAAACAAUAACAAUAUCACAGGCCACAAUUAGAUGCCAACAAGCCGUACUUCAUCUUCAUAUUGUAAAUAUUAUUAUAAAAUCCACGUUUCAGACAUGCUGGUAGGAUCACAUAACAGUGAUUAUUGUGUUUAUGUUUCUUCAGAAGGAAUUGGGAGACUUUGUGUACGUUCCACUUCUCUAGUUCAUUAUUUUGAACAGCCUUGUGUUAUGAGCCAAGAUGAUUUGAAGUGGUGUGACGGUGUACUUUCUACAUAGCUCUUUCUACAUAGCUCACCUGAGACUUCUUAAAACCUGUUGUCAGAUAACAUCCGACCUGGAUGAGUUGGGAGAUAGCAGGCGUAACCCAUCCAAGUCUUUUAAGCUGUAGUUUGUAUUACACUCCAAACAUGCCUUGAUUCAGUCUCAACUGGUUAAAACAGGUAACUACUGCUUUACCACAGGGAGGAUUUACAGGAGCAUUUACCCCGUUACACUAAGGACAAUGUCAUGGUGUGUCAUGAAGUAAUAAGUGUAAAAUACAUUUAAAAAGAAUUCCAAAGUUGUAUCUCUACACAACAGAUGUUGCAGCUGUCAGGGUGCCUCGGCACAGAGAGGACAAAACAUUUUGACCCACAUCAUCUGUACAUUGACUUGCUGUAUAGGUAUGCUUUUGUAUAUUGUGUAAAUUGAAUAGCUAUCUGCAGAUUUCUCUUGAUUGAUCUUGUUUCUAGUCUAGCGGUUCUCGAGUGUAACAUCUCAGCUUUGACAGUAUACUGUGUGGUGUAAGCAGGGCAGCUUGUAGUCUAAUUGUGCUUGCAGCAUUAGAAGCUUCACACAAGCCUGGCCAUACAAAUGUGUGUUCUAUUUAUUGCUGACUUGAAUAGCACAAUUUCUUUUUAUUUUAUCAGGUCUUUUUACACAAAAAGCAGAAAAAAAAUGGUAAAAAAGAAAACGUUAAUUUAUUUUAUUUUGUAUGCAAUCUUAUAGUUUACAAAAUUAUUUUUCUAAUUUGAUGCAUCUGAAUUUCCUCUGCUGCUGGUAUAUGCCUUGACAUGAGAAGACAUCUUUUCAGCCCCACUGCAUGAAUUCUUAACUUUGUAGCGAGCUGUUGUCUGUACAACAAAUAAAGCCAACCUUUGGUCAGGAUUAAUUUAGCCAAAAAUAACACACAUUGGUCAGGUGAUUCAUUUCACCCGUCCUGCACACGUGUACACGGACGUGGAUAUGUCAGUGCUACUGUAUACACACACAAACUCUCAUUUGUGAAACAUAAUCAUCUUUUGUAGAUUUCUCACGCAAGAAUGAAACCUAUCAUUUAUCACCAAAAUCAGCAGAAGUUGCCAAAUGUUUAGAGGUGCAUAGAAGCUAUGAGGCAUGCCUAGAAUAUCAUCCUCAAGUUAUUAUCAUCGGUUUAGGUUGUAACUUCAGUACUCUGAUAUGGCAGACAUGGAAAGGACUCAUUUUUAGAACAACCACAAUGAGACUUAAUCAUUCAUAUAUGCUUUAAUAAAUGGACAUAGAGAAGCUUGGACAGAGGGCGGGAGUUUAGGUCAAGGUGUUGGGUUAUACAGGAAUUCACAAGGAUAUGCCACCUUUUUACUCGUACAGUAUCCCAUUACUGCAAGUGGAAUGUUAAGUCUUUUUACGGAUUCAUUGUAAAUUGUGCAAUAACAUGAAAGGGGUUGUUCGAAUAGUUUAUUGUAAAUGUGAAACAAACUAAUUAUUUAUCUGUUGGGAGUGAAUGUAAAACUGUUGAUUAUUGCAAGAUGGUUCCAUGAGAACAGACACGCAUGUCCACACUCUUCACCUUUCUUCAUAUAUCUUCAGCCAUCAGAAACACAUGACCCUCAAUUAUUCUCAUCCUGCGGUCAACAGGCAACUGUGAAUUUCACAACUUGUAGUUAAAAGACAAAGAAAUGUACCGAUUUCAGUUUCGACAACA